AUGGCUGUGACCUCCAUCGUCCUCCAGUCGACGAAGGACUUCAAGAAUCAGAAUGUCUUGGCGCUGGGAUACAGGCUCCUGAACCCCAGGACGGGGGCAGGCACAAGAUCGAUGCAUGGCAUUGAGAGCACGUACCCCAACACGAUAGUGAACAUCUUCAAGACGACGAUCUGGGCAGAGCUGCAUCGUUGCAUUGGAGACGCGCUUCUACUGCACCUGCUAAUGGAUACGAUCACGCUGAUCCUCCUGAAGAAUUCUUGCUUUCUUCAAGUGACAGGUCCGGUGAUAGCCAGCGUGCUGAACACGAACAAGAAUGUUCAGAAAUGUGGGCGUAUCUUUUCAUUUAUGAGAAUGUACAUGACAGUGUAUGUUUCAGCAUUGGAUGCCCCUCACAACGAGAUGGCGGAAGAAUCAUCCGACGGCAUCAAGACGAGCGGCGCUAAGACGAUCGCGUCUCAGUCGAGAGAGCUGAAGUCUGUGCUGUCCCUGGAAGUCCCCAAGACCUUGAUCUUGUACAGCGCUUCCUUCCCCAAGAGGGCAGGUUCUCGUUUGCCUCACGUCUUCAAUUCUAUCGGCAAAGGAGGGCGAGCAGCUGCUUGGCUGAUGAACACUGUGCUGUACUCCCCCAAGUAUCGACUGAGCUGCAUCGCCCCACCUGAUAAGGCGCAGCCCCUGCUCAAGAAGCACUCGAGAGUGAAGCCUCAGCUCCAGCCCCUCUGCCGGAUCCUCAAGAAGUUGUUGUGUAAGCAUAGCAAGCUCCCGUACGGGCUGCUGCUGCAGCGGCAUUGCCCUCUAGCGCAUUCAAAGCAGAGCCCCGUUCACAAGACAGGGGCAGAGGACAAGUCAGCACACAAGGCGUCUGGGCCCAGUCACCCUCCAGCUGUGCGGAGGCCGUCUGAGGCACCGCAGCUGUUCUCUUGCCGGAAGAGGAGGAGGGGGCAGGUGAUCGAGCCUCUUGCGGGGGGCGACUUGAAGGGAAGAAGUGGAGAUACGGGUACAAGAGACCAAGCGUUCGAUCGAUCAAGUCUUGAGCUGCGAGUCAGCGUCAGUUCUGUCGCUGCCUUCCUCAGAUCGGUUCUCCGCCGUCUGAUCCCCCGGGAGCUGUGGGGCUGCGAGGAGAACGAGAGAGCUUUCUUCCGCAGCGUGAAGCUGUUCUUGAAGCUACGGAGGUACGAGAGGUUUCUUGUCCGACAUGCCAUGUACAACUUCAAGAUCACUAAGUGCGCAUGGCUGUUCGACGGGCGGAGCUCACAAGACAAGUCAGCCUCGAGCAACGCCAAGGAUCGUCAUGUUUCUUCACAAGAACUGAUUGUCAAGACGACAAGGGCAGCAAAAGUCGUUGGUUUUCUCUUCUCAGAGAUUGUUAUACCCUUGAUACGGUCAAACUUUUACGUCACCGAGACUGAAGCUACUCGCAACCGGUUAGCUUUCUUCCGCAAACCCGACUGGUUUGCUAUCAAGAAGGAAUACUUUCCUAGUCUGACCAGACACAUCUAUCGACUGAUCACACGUACAGAAGCAAAGAAAAUUCUGGCCAAACGGAGCGUCGGGCCCGCCAGGUUGCGGCUGCUGCCGCGGGGAGGGCGCAAGGGAGUUCGACCGAUAGUGAACAUGGGGCGACGAUAUCCGUUGACGGUGACUUCAAAUUCUGGGAAGAAGAUUCAAAAGCCGAGCAGCAACUCUGCCUUGUCUCGCCCCUUCUCGGUGCUCUCAGCUGAGAAGCAGCUGAAUCCGCAGAUCUUGGGAUCGUCUGUGCUGGGCCAGAACGACAUAUUCACACGAUACCUGACGCUGGUCCGGUCGUUCGAUUCCAUCAAGCAUGACAAGCUUCUGGAAGUCGCCUGCUCUCUCUUCUCGGAAGAUGAGUACAUGUUGCGACGGUACAUUCAAACUCCGUGUGGCAACCGCCCCAAGUUCUCAACACAGGCAGUUCCAUCCACCCGAUACUCGCAGUUCGUCUCCGAUGCUCGUGAAUUCUCCGAAUUCAAAAGGAACUGUAUCUUCACAGACCUGGUCGAGUACCACUACUGCUCCCGGGACGAAGUUCUCUCAGCGUUGCGAGAUCACGUGAAGGAGAACAUAGUGAAGCUUGGGCCCUCAUACCUCAUGCAGACCCAGGGGAUCCCGCAGGGGUCUGUCUUGUCUUCGUUGCUCUGCUGCUGCAUCUAUGGACAUCUGGAGAACAACCGGUUGGUCAGGAUCCCGUCGAUGCAUCGCAGGUUCUUGCAAGGGGAUCUGAAGAGGAACGAGUUGAGCUCGAAGAAGCUGCAUGACAGCAGCCAGGGCGGGAAGGGCGGAAAGGCAGACGUAGCACUCAUGAUGAGAGUUGUUGAUGACUUUCUCUACAUCUCGUCCGAGGUUCAGCAUGCUCGCGCGUUCUUGCGCGCCAUGGCGUGUGGGCAUGCAGACUAUGGAGUGGAGUUGAACCUUGACAAGUCCAAAGUGAAUUAUGACGUGCGAGUGUCGGUGAGGCUAGACUACAGCCGGUACAGGGACCAACAUCUUCGAGACGCCACGACGGUCGCGUUUGAAGGAAGGCCUGGGUUGAAGAUGAGGGAGAAGACGAUAGGUUCAGUCAAGAGCAAAGGCUUCCUCUUCGCAGCCAUGAAGCAGAAAGCGUACUCGGACGCGCUUGCUGCUAUUCACGUCCAGAACGUCUCGUUCCUCGCCAGCACAGUCGAGGCUGUGAUCUCAGCAGCUUUCUCUCAUAUCAUGUCGCUUCCAUCCAGCCCUGUCAUCAGAGACGCAGGUAUGACGAUCGACCUCUCGCGCAAAGAGAUCUUCUGGCUGGGCUACCGCGCAUACCUUGCUUCCUUCAAGCGCUGCAAGGUCAGUCCCGAGCUUGUCCAGGAUGUGCGGCGCAAGUUCGAUCAGCUGGUGCAGUCGAGCUUCGAGGACCCGACGCAGCUACGGUGGCUGGAGAGGAUUGCCAAGGACGCUAACACUGAGGACUUUCAUCGUAUGUGGGUGUAA